CCCCACUUCCGCUCCCCCUCAAUACCAUUCAAAUAUUUCUUCUGCCGUCAACCUUCUCUCUCUCAAAGAAUGAGAACCAAAGUUGAAGAGUUCUCCCAAUACUACGAGAAAUGGGUUACUCAAUUAGAUUUGUACCUUCAACGCCUCGUCAUGGCCUCAACCGGGAUCACACCGCCAACUGAGGCGGAGCUCCGAGACUUGGUGUCGAGGCUUACCACCCACCACAAGGGGUACUACACCGAGAAGUGGGCCGCCGCACAAGAGGACGUGCUCGUGUUCUUCUCACCCGCAUGGGCUACUCCGCUCGAGAAUGCCUACCUAUGGCUCACGGGGUGGAAGCCGUCCACUGCCUUCGGCCUCGUGGCCAACCUGAGGAAGAGCGGCAUGGCCCUUGGGAGCCUGUCGGAAGAACAGGUUAAGAGGAUCGAGCAGCUCAGGAUGAAGAUCAAGUACGAGGAGGAGAAGGUUGAUGGGGAGAUGGAGCGGCAGCAGGUCGCGCUCGCUGAUCGGAGGUUGGUGGAGCUCGCUCGGCUCGCUAGCCGAACAACCAGGAUCAAUGAGCAUGGCGGAGGCGUUGGAGGUGAUGGGCCAACUCAGGUGAGCGGGAUGGUGGAUGUGGCGGUGAGGAGCAUGGCCGUGGGGCUGGAGAGGGUGAUGAAGGCAGCGGACUGUGUGAGGCUGAAAACGCUCAAGGGCCUUUUGGAUCUGAUGUCUCCAUCCCAGUGCGUGGAGUUCUUAGCGGCCAUUUCCAUGCUGCAGAUCAGGCUCAGGCAAUGUGGCCAGAUUAGGAGGCGGAUGAUGGCGCAGAAUAUUGAAAUCCAGCCCAAGUUAGGAAUGUAGCAAAUGUGUAUAUGUUGGCUAUCAACAAGAAGGUUUUUCGAAUCUGUCUUUGGUUUGGAGUCGUGGGUUGAUAUGGACAUGGAUAAACAAUAGUGAUAGCGUUAUACAAACAAAAGAGUCAAAACAAGCUUCUUUC